AUGUUCCCUUGGCAGGGAGAAGGAAAAAGCGGUUCGUUUCUACUUGCCACUCAACAGCGAGAGCAACGACAGCAGCAGGCACAGCAGCAAGCACAGCCGCAACAACAACAGCAGUCGGCUCGACAGGAUAAUGGAUAUGGACGAUGGCGGUUACCGUCUGUGAUGCAGCCCUCAGGGCAAGCCGCGAAUGAUAAAAAUAGUAGUAAUCAUACAUCUUCUAGCGCGGCAAAUGGGCGAGCAACGCCGCCUAGAGAUGCAUCAAUGGCUAGGCCGGAGAGUAUUAUUAGUGCUUCUGUAUCUGGCGAUGAUGAUGAAGAGGACGAAGAAGACGGGGACGCAGAAGAGCGAGGCGACUCUGAAGGAGAGGAUAUCCAUUUUAGGUCUUCUAGAAAUGAGGCCAAUCCAGCCGCAACUUCAUCAACAAACGGCGCAGAAAAGCAAGCACGACAACCAGGCCAAAGACUAGGAGAACGCAUGCCACCCCUGGGCUACCCUCCGCAACCAGGCUUCCGCAAUAAUCAUGCACGCCGCCUCAACACCGAGGAAGAAAUAAAGCUUUUCGAACUGUGCAUCAAGCAUAGCUCCACCUUCGGCGAGCGCAGCAAGCUCUGCGAAUGGUGGAAGAACAUCGCCAACGAGUUUAUAGAGAACUACGGCGGUCCGUAUUCGUGGCACUCUGUGCGGAGAAAAGUUGAUCUUGUCACGAGGCAGAGAAUCAAGUACCUUGCAGACUUGAAAGAGGGAAAGAUUGAGGCGGAUCAGGCUACGGAUCCAUGGAAGAAGGUGCUGGACGAAUGGAUUCCGACGUGGGAGAAGUUUGAGGUUUCGGAGAAGAGGAGGAUUGAGGUCCGGGAUCAGAGGGCCGCGAUGAGGAAAAGGAAGGAACCGCCUACUGCUGUUGCAACGACAGCAUCAGGGUCGUCGCCCUCGUCGCCCGCCCCGUCGUCUUCGACUCCCGCUACGAAGCGGAAAUCUACUGGAGAUACGCCAUCGGCUAGUGUUGCACAGCCGUCGGGAUCAUGGCAAGCAACACCUAAUAAAUUGACGCCAGGGCCUAGUCCAUAUGGCCCUGGGCCAUAUCCUCUGCCCGCAGGACCAAUGGGUCCUCCACCACCCUCGACGCCAGGCAUGAAAAUGCCAGAUGGAUAUGACACCAUGUUCCGCAGCCCGGCUCAUCCGGCUACACAUCCAUUAUACCCUUAUCCUUCACCGCAACCAUAUUAUGCUCCACCUCUGGCGACACCUCCGGGAUCAGCUGUUGAUAGUAAUCUGACCUCAGCCGUUCUGGAGACAUUGACGAAACUGAAUAAACAUUUGGAAAAGGCCGAUAGGACCUCAUCGCCUAUCGUUGCUGCUUUGACUGGCAACCAAAACAAUGAUAAAGACACCAACAACACCGCCACUGAAAACGGCGUAUCCUCCUCCUCCUCAACUCCCGACCAAGCAGACGCAGAAGGAUCCCAAGGAACAGAAACGGCCAUCCCUCCAGCGGCUCUGAAGAAGCUGAGGAAUGAACUCCGCGCGGAAUUCGAGACGGAACUGGCCAAAAUCCGAGAAGCGUUCACCUCGAAACUAGAUUCCCUAGAGCAAGCGCAGGAGAUGAUUAUGGAGAUGUUGAGGCAGGAGCCUGGGAGGGAGAGUUCUACUUAA